AGUUUGGAUCACGUCUAAAAAAGAAAGAAAAUGUCCUCGUAACUAACUUAAAAAAAGUGUUAGCCUAGCCGACUUGCUAUAAACAGCUAGCUAGCUAAUGUGCUAACUAAUGUAACGCUAACUGUACAGCACAGAUUACUGAAUAAACUGUCCGCAGACAGAUUAAAUAUUUGUUAUUUUUAAGCAACUUCACCUUUAAUAAGCUGACGGAGGCAAAAAUAAUAAACAAUUAUGGCAAGUCAGAGACCCCCGUCAGCCAGGCCCAUGAGUCGUGGAUCUUUGGUCCCGGGCACUGGAAGACCACCAACUGCCAUCAGACCCCCACAGACAGCCAUCAGAGUGGGAACUGGGAUGGUGCCAGGCACUGCCCGUCCUGGAACCAGGGCUGGACCUAUUGCCACUCCAGGGGUUUUAUCGGCCCAGAUUAAAGUGACUGAACGACCAGUCACUCAACAAGGUCUCAGUGGAAUGAAGACCGGUGGGAAAGGACCCCAGAGACAAAUCCUGGAUAAGUCAUACUACCUUGGAUUACUUCGGAGUAAAAUCAAUGAGCUCACAACCGAGACCAGCAAGUUACAGAAAGAGAUCGACUUUUUCAACCAGGAAAACUCGGUUUACCUGUCCUAUGAAAAAAGAGCGGAAGGUUUGGCCGGAGAAAUAAAGGAACUGCAGGGACAGCUGGCCGACUACAACAUGCUGGUUGACAAGCUGAAUACAAACACAGAAAUGGAUGAACUAAUAAAUGACAUUAGUAUGCUGAAAUCACAGAAUGACCGAGAGGCCCAAAGCAUAGAUUCAAUUUUCACAGAGAGAAGAAAGAAAGAGGAAUUGAUUCAGGCUGUAGAAGAGGACGUUGAAAGGGAGAAACAGGCAGCAGAUGAUGUGGUCAAAAAGAUGCCCAUGGAGGAACAAGCCAAGUAUGCUGAAAUGAAAGCUACCAAUGAGAAGCUCAUACAGGAAAUUGCAGUUCAACAGGAUGAGCUGGAUGCAUUAUUGAACAUGAAGGAGACCCUUGAGGCUGAGCUGGCACACUCAUCAGUAAAGCAGAAGGCAGUGUUGUUACAUGAACGUCUGGAGGAGCUGGAACAGCGUCAUGAAGCCCUGCAGGCUGAAGAAAAGAGCACACUGUCUCCCCAGGAAGAGAGAGAACGUCUCCUCAAACAGGUGAAAGAAGACAACCAAGAAAUAGCCAGCAUGGAACGGCAACUGACUGAAACUGGAGAAAAAUUAAAACGUGUUACUGAAGAAUUGCGACAACUUGACAUGGACAUGGAGGACCACCAAGGUGAAAGAACCCAGAAGUACAAAGAGCUGCAGAGGAAAGAGGAGGAAAUUGAUGGUUACUUGGAGACUUUUGAGAAGAAUAAAGCUCAGGAGAUGGAGCACAUGCGUGAGAUUCAGGCCAACAUUGUGGCUCUGCUGGAGCAGUCUAGUAGGAUGAUGAAUCGCAUGAAUCAGCUCUCGUCUGUUAGUCCUCAUGAGCUCAAGUCCAUGCAAGAGGACCUUAGCUUUAAAGAGACCGAGAUGCAGAAAUCUCAGAGUACAGCCACAGGACUGUCUUCUGAGUGUGAGCGUUUGCAGCAGGACCUUGUUAAGGUGGAGCAGUUGGAAGGGAAGGUGCUGUCAGAGAUGAACUCUCUAAAAGAAAAGAUCCAACAGAUGAGUGAUGAUAUGAAGACGUACAGGGACCUGGAUGCUCUCAAAGCAGCCGGGCAGCAGAAGAUGAAGAGGCUGCAGGAGGAAAAAGCGUCUCUGACAGAAAGGAGAGACGCCCUCAAGAAGAUCAAUCACAAGAUGAAUCAAGAAUACGAGGCUCUGGCAGCACAGUUACAGGAGAAUGAAACCCAUGCACAGUUAAGAAAUCUGGAACGGAAGUGGCAACACCUUGAACAGAACAACUUUGUUAUGAAAGAAUUCAUCGCUUCUAAAAGCAUGGAGAGCGACUACCGGAUCGUGAAGGAAAAGGUCACUAAGCAGCUUGUUGAGUACAAUAAGAUGCUCAUUGAUGCCUUGCAGGGCACCAGAAACUGAGCCACACUUCCUGCCUCCUGCUCAGCCAUUGGGGCUCCACAGCUUCAUCACAGAAUCAUUUCCUGUGUAGGACCGCUCUCCUACUCAACAUUCCAGAGGCAUGUCGCACGUGCCGUGGAGAUUAGUGUGGUCAGAGCGGUGGGAAAAACACAAUUCGUCUUUCUCUGCAAGUCUUCAGUUAGCUGGUGAGGGCAUACUCAAGAAAGUAGACUUAGCAAAGGAGUGGAAAAUAAAUCUAUAAAACAGUAUAUAUUUCUAUUCAACACUAAUUAUAAUUAAGCAUAUAACAGUAGUUUAUAUUAUAAUAAUAUAAUGAUAGUUCUUAAUAGUUUUUAUGUAUGGUAAGUAUCUGUAUCUACUGUGUGGACCAUUCUACUUGUUCUCCUAUCAGGAUAUUAGUUGGAGCCGUUUCUAAGCUACUUUACAGCUAAUGAUCAUCAAUACAAACCAUUGUCCUUAAGCACAAUAUACACGAAACAGAAAAAACAUGAAUGUGUUUGGUCAGUUGAAAUGUGCUGAAAUGUGCGUGUCACAAUCCACAGCCAAGUGAACAUUAGAAAACCAACAAUUUAGGUUGAACUUUGCCAUUUAUGCAAAGUAGAGUCAUCAUAGAUCCAACCAGAAGCUUUGUGAGGGUGAAUAAAUGGGGCUGACUGAGGACUGUGUAUAUUUUUGAUCCAACAGAUGUGUCAUAUUUUUCACAAACCUUCAAUAAACUCCAGUUACAAAACAUA